AUGAACAGUGCCGACGGCUCAGGGUUGGGAUUUGUCUCAGAAAAGGCUGCUAGUUUUGGAGGCAUGAGGGAUUUUGGCUGUGGUUCCUCAAAGAAGCGUAACGUGACAUCCCCUUACAAAAAGAGCAGAGUAAUCGACAUUUCAGAUGAGGAUGAACUGGUGAGGGAAGUGGAGAAAUUAGAGGAGACAAUCAUGAGUGAAGGUGUUAAAGGAGGGAGUGGCAAAGGCGAGGAUGAGAGUGGUUUUAAUUUGGUAACAGAUGAAGAAGAUAACUUUGAAGUGGACGAGAUUUCAGUGAGGCUUAGAGGUUACGACAAGGAGUUCUGGUCACCUUUACUAGCUGGAGAUUACGGGGGUUCUGCUGCUGUUAAUGUUGUUUACAAUGAGGAAGAGAUUGUUGAGGAUUUAACGAAGAAGAAAGGGCCUCAGGUGGGUGGUGGUAGCGGGGGAGAAGAUAAAGCGAAAGAUGAGAUGCCGGAGGAGGCUAAUCCUUGUAGUGGAGGCGUGGUGUUAACAGGAACAAUGAGCCCAAACGAAGACUUGAAGACAUCGAUGAUGAAGAAGUUUGAUGCCGCUGAAAUCCCCGAUAUGGACGUGGAUGAGCAUGAUGGUAAGAUUGAAGUUGGCAAGGUUUUUGGAAGCAAAGAGGAUUGUCAGAUAGCUCUAGCUAUCUAUGCCAUAAAGAAGCAGUUCAAGUUCACGCAGACGAGGACAAAGAUAGAUUCAUUCGUUGUUGAGUGUCCUGAUAGUAGAUGUGAUUGGCGAGUAACAGCACACAAAGUCAGGGGCUGUGGGUAUUAUGAGAUAAGGAAGGCACAACUUGAUCAUAGCUGUCCAAUUGAGUUUCGUAGUGGGUACAAGAGCAAGGCGACAUCUCGUGUGAUAGCUGCAGUUUACAAGGCAAAAUUUGGAGACUCGGGUAAGCUGCCGGUGGCUAGGGAGUUGCAAAAACUUGUUUUAGAGGAUCUGCGGGUGGACGCCUCCUACAUGAAGUGCUAUAGGGCGAAGGAGCAGGGCGUUUUGGGAUUGCGUGGUUCUGAUGAAGACUCUUACUUGAAGCUGCCGGAGUAUUUGUAUAUGUUGAAGCUGGCAAAUCCCGGUACUAUUGCUGAUUUGGAAACUGAUGUAGAUGACGACGGGGACGAACGUUUUCUAUAUUUGUUUCUAGCUUUUGGUGCUUUAAUUAGUGGGUUUAGGAAGCUGAGGCAUGUUUUGGUUAUUGACGGUACACACCUCAGUGGCAAGUACAAAGGAGUGUUGUUAACCGCUAGUGGGCAGGAUGCAAAUUUUCAAAUAUUCCCACUUGCAUUUGCAGUCGUGGACAGUGAGGAUGAGGAUGCUUGGACAUGGUUUCUUCAGAAAGUUGAGAGGAUUCUAUGUGAUUCUCCUUCUCUAGCGAUUAUUUCAGACAGGGCUGUGAGCAUAUCUAAUGCAGUAAGUAAGAUCUACCCUCAGGCCAAGCAUGGGGCUUGCAUUAUUCAUCUUGCUAGGAAUGUGAAUUCGAGAUUCUCGAGUAAGAACCUUGCAAAGAUGGCUACUCCCGCUGCGAUGGCACAUAGUGCGGGGGAGUUCAGAGAUUAUUACGGGAAGAUUAGGGCGGCUAACAGUGCGUGUGGCAUUUAUCUGGGACAUGUUGGUGUUGCUC